AUGUCACAGAUGCGGACGUUUGUUUUUGUGUCGAAUAUUCCUGACUUUUUCUUGGAACCGCUCUCCACCGCCAGCACAAAUGGGACAACCCGCACACGUGCGAAUCGUGACCCGCGGUACGAGCGACUGCGUGCUCUGCUGGCUGCUAACACCUCCGGCGUGAUGCUUGUUAUGCAUCUCGAGACCCGCGGCUAUGCACUCGCCCUGUACGCCUCGGAGCAGGAGGCUCUUGCGGCAUGCAAGACGACCAUCAUUCCAGAGCAGGCCGGCCACAAACACCCACCGCUGCUCCUUCGUAUACUUCGCCGUGAGCGACCGCUGCCGUCGGAGGCGGUGUACACGCCAACCCUCACAGUGGAGGGCGACGUUGUGCAGAAGGCGGAGCUGGCAGAUACGCGUGGUCUUGAGUUGGUGUACCGCGGUCGUGCUGUUGCCAAGUGGUGCCCGCACACAGUUGCGCAGGAAGAUUGCCCUUUUGGCACCGCCUGCUACCGCAUCCACAGAUGUGUGUACCAAAAGACGGUUCUUAAGCGGCCACGGGUGGAGGAGUUCGCCGCACUGAGUCAAAUGACGACGGAAGAGAGGGUGCUGGUGGACCGCGUCGUGUGCAGCACACGCUGCACUGAGGAGAGCGUCGUCCCACCAGAGAUGAGGAUUGACUUCUCGCUGCAUGUGCCCAUAACACGUGAUGAGGCUGAGGCUCUUGUGGAUGGCACGACUGGUGGUACGUCUCUACCCGCGACUGUGCUUGCGCGGGUGGAAGCUGCCCGCGGCGGACAUGCAGGGCCGUACUUUGUGAAGUUUGGCUUUCCCGGUGGGGCGCCGUGGGACUGGAGUUUGCACGACGAGGCGGAGGGUCUCUCGCAGCUCCGGCGGCGUCUCUCUUUUCCGGCCAAUGGUGCCCCUACACCUCUUGAGCGCGACAUCUUCUGCCAAGAGUUGCUGUAUCACGUGAAUCAAAUGAACCGCUUCGACACCCUUCCCGCCGCCCUUCGCGCCCUCGCACAGAGUCCAAGGGUGGGGGAGGCACUGCGGCAUCACCUGAAGAAUGCCGCGGGGCGUGAAUGCGAAGCCGAAGAGACGGGAAGAGGCGACAUAGGAACGCUGGAGCUGUGCAUACGUCCGUGGCUUUUCCUGCCUACCGCCGGUGUGGAGGUAGGUGUGCUCUUGGAGGGUGGGGGGGAGCAAGUGCGCGGGGUCGUGCAACGCCACAGUGCGCUGCGCCUCAUGACAUGCUUCUCGUUUUUGCAAAAACACGAGCUGAACUUUUCACGCUACGCCGUCCCUGGCAGCGGCCAAGACGUUGACGCGGAGACCUUUUUGGAGGCGGAGAUGCGGCGUGUGGAGACGGCUGUAAAACGUGGUGUUGAAGGGUUGAGGCAGCAUCUGCGGCAGCGAGUGUCUUUAGGGAAGCUUCCACCGCACGCUUCGUGGUGCUUCCAGCUUGCCGUGACCUCAGCAGCGACGCCCCCGUCAUUGAUGGCGGUCUGCGAGGACGCCGCUGCGAUGCGGUGUGUGGUGCUGUCAAUGAAGCCGUACUGGGAGGCGCUUGAGGAGUUCGCUGCGAUGCACCCCGCGGGGCGGCGGGGUGAGGCGGGGAGUAGCGGGGCCACAGAUGUGACAUGGAACACGAAGCGGCACACGUACGUCGCGCUUUUCCCCCGCGAGCUUAUGGAGCGGCUGAAGGCGUCGUAG